CACAACACCCACUUUAUUCCUCUUCUUCAAUUUUCAUUCUCUUUCCCAGAAAAUCUUCUUCAAAUCUUCUUAAAUCCUUCAGAAAUCUCGAUUCUCUUUUCUGUUUUCGUCAUUCACAAAGCUCGCUUUUGCAAGUUGUUACACCGCCCCAUAUCUCAGAGGCGCGCUACUCACGCCUUGUACAGAGCGCGCAGAAGGCGCCCCUAGGGCCGCUCCCUGUAUUUCGCCUUGCCUCCAAGUCUGGAGGCGAUUUUCUCAUCGCAUAUGCGCCUCAGCGCCUCAGACAAUGGGAUGUUCAGCGACAAUUCUGCUCAGACGAUGGGCACAUCGUUUUCUUUGACGAAGCAAAGCGGGAAUCCAGUAAAGUACAAGCUUGUUCGGGUUGCAGGAGACGGGAGACUAGUGCCCGCUACUGAUGAAGAAAUCAUAGAGGUUGAAGACUUGCUUGAGAACGAUGAGACUGAUAUGCAUAUUGUAACUCAUACUGGUCAGACUGUAGAGGAUAUUUCUGAUGAUCGAUUGCCUUCUAGGUUGCCACUGUUAGAAAGUUCAGAAGCUACGAAUCUAGGUUUGUCACAGUCUGACAAUACAGAGGCAUCUCCAGACAAAUUAGCUUCGCAACUUGAGUAUACUGUGGAGAUGUUGCAAAGGGUGGAAGAAGAGGUGAGGCUCUGCAUGGCACAUGAACCUCAGAUGCUUUCUGCUUGUUCGGAUGCCAACAUUCAGUGUUCUAAUGAAAGCAACAAGUUGUUUAGUAGUGAUGUUAAAGUUCAAUCUGAAACUCUGCUACAGGAUUUAACUCAGGAUCAGAACGGAUGUGGUUCUAAUCAACAGAUGAAGGCUGAACCAUGCUUGAAUGUGGUGGGUAGUCCGCAAGAAGCAGUAUUUUCCACCUCUGCCCAAAAACCUGAUUUUUCAACAGUAAGAGGUGACAUAUGUUUGGACAAUUUAUCAAUCAAAGCACUGCACGAAACAUUUAGAGCAACAUUUGGCCGUGAAACUACUGUGAAGGACAAACUCUGGCUCAAAAGGAGGAUAGCGAUGGGCCUGCUUAAUUCCUGUUAUGUAUCAACAACAUGCUUGACAAUCAAAGAUAACAAACUGAUUGGAGGUCAAAAGGAGAACUUUAACUGUUUGAAUGAUGAUUUUAGCAAGGACGUGGUAGAUGAAAUAAGAGUUGAUGAUAGCAACAAAGAAGCAGCAAGUGGCCCCUCUGAUCAAAUAGAUGGAUUUGCAAGUGCUUCAGGUGAUAGUUCCAUGGAUAACUUUGGAAAUCAUGAAUGUGGAGGUGAAGAUUUUGCCAGUGAACAUAGAGCUGAAAAAAGACAACGGAAACCUACUCGGAGAUACAUUGAAGAGCUUUCAGAUACUGAUGAUAGACAACGAAGUGGCAAGUCGAUGAACCCGUCAAAGAAUCAGAGGCUAUCCCCUAAAUCUCAGAUCAAAACUAUUAGGGCAGUGUCUUCAGGAGGACGUCUUGUUAUAACCCGGGUGGUCUACCUCGCUGGGUCUAGAAUGCAAGUUCCGUUUGUUUUUCAGACCCGGAGAGGUCGUCCAAGAGAAAACAUAAUGGCUCUUGUGGAUAUCCAACCCGGUUGGUUGGAGGAAAAAGCUACUCCUGCGGGGAACAGCCAGAGACUGAGCCCAUCUCAGUUGAAUGGUGACAAUGUCAAUGGAGGUUUGAUCAUCAAGUCUGCUUUUGAACAUGGCCAGAAAGAAAGCAAGAAUGAACACUCGAACUCUGUUCCCACUGUCCUGGACCGAGAUAUGGAGCCAGAACAAGUGGAGUUGUCUGGGAAUAGCUCGGAUGAGAAUCAUGUUGGUAUGCCAACAUUCAACAGUGCAUUGAGAAGGAAGCAUCAUCGAGCUUGGUCUUUAUCCGAGGUUAUAAAACUUGUCGAGGGUGUUGCCAAGUACGGAGCAGGGAAGUGGUCCGAGAUCAAAAGGCUUUCUUUUGCAUCCCAUUCCUAUCGCACUUCCGUGGAUCUCAAGGACAAAUGGCGGAAUCUGCUGAAAGCGAGCUUUUCCCAGACACCUUCGAAGAGAAUGGGAAGCAUGCGAAAACAUGGCUCGACGCCCAUACCAACUCCGAUAUUGUUACGGGUAAGAGAGCUUGCAGAGAAGCAAUCACAGGUUCCAGCCGUAAGCAAGGCGAAGGAUAAAAGAACAGGGUUCCUGUAGGGUUUGGUUGUUGUCUCUUUUUUUGUAGGGAAAGGAAAUGCGUUUGUGGGUAUAUAUGCAACCAAAGUGCGUUUGGAUCCAUCUUUGUCUCCAUUACCAAUAAAAUAAGGGAGCUCCUUUGUAUACUUGAAUACACUACGUACUCGUCUCUUGCUCUUGUGCGAGAAUCUCGUA